AUGCCGACCGUCCCAGCUAGCGAUGCCGAAUGGGCGGCCCUAAUUUCCAGUCAACAAACUCGCAUCCCCGAUAGAUCAUUAUCGCAGCCUCAAAUCCCAUUAAACAUCCCACGAUUGAUCGAUCAUACCCUUCUCGCCGAGCCCACCGAGCCAGAGAAAAUCGACAAGCUCUGCGCCGAAGCAAAAGAGCACGGCUUCGCUACCGUUUGUGUCCGUCCAAACUAUGUGUCCCGGGCUGCUGCGAACCUGAAAGAUGCACCAAACACAGUAGUUGCGAGCGUGGUUGGGUUCCCGGAGGGAACGUACGAUUCCUCUACAAAGGCAAAGCAAGCCAGGAAGGCUGUUGCGGAUGGCGCGAGUGAACUUGAUAUGGUUAUCAAUUACCUUAUACUAAAGGAUGGUGGAUACACAGCAGUGUACAACGAUAUAAUGGCUGUACGCAAAGCAGCACCUCCACCGACGAAACUGAAAGCCAUAUUGGAGACGUCUCAACUCAACAGAGAACAGAUUAUUGCUGCUACUGUUAUUGCAUGUACGGCUGAAGUCGAUUACGUUAAGACUAGCACUGGGUUUUGUGGAGAGGGCGCUGAUAUUCAAGAUGUUAAGGUCAUGCAUCUUGUGGCUGAGCUUUGCUUUAAUGGAACAUGUCAAGUUAAAGCUAGUGGGGGCAUUCGUUCUGCUGGUGAUUGCUUGAGAAUGAUUAAGGCUGGGGCUAUGCGGAUCGGGACUAGCUCCGGAGUGAAGAUCAUGCAGGAAGUGGAUGAGGGCGAGCUUUUGGAGCAAGGGGCUAGCCACGCGGUGUAUUAG